AUGAGGGAACUAGACCCCCUGAUCUCUGAAUACCGCCAUGAGAAGAAGCGUCCGCGAGAAGAUGAGGCACUCAUGAUCCUGCGCAAAGUCGCGUCCUUGGUCAAACCGAUCAUGCGACAGCGCGCGUGGAGAGUUGGAGCGCUAUGCGAGUUCUAUCCACAGCAGAGAAAUCUACUGGGGCUGAAUGUGAACUACGGCCAGAAGAUUUGCCUGAGAUUACGGUAUGCCUCUGACCAGCGACAAUUUCUCCCGAUAGAGGAUGUUGUUGAUACCAUGUUACAUGAGCUAUGCCAUAAUGUUAUUGGUCCCCAUAACCAGCAAUUUCAUGCGCUUUGGAACCAACUACGAGACGAACAUGAGGAGCUAGCCCGAAAAGGCUACACUGGAGAAGGCUUCCUAUCUCAAGGCAAGCGCUUGGGUGGACAGAGAAUGCCAGUGGACGAAGCUCGGCGCCAGGCGCGCGCCGCCGCCGAGCAACGGCGAACCCUCGCCAAAAAUUCCGGCCAAAAGCUUGGAGGCACUCGCCAUCUGCGAGGAACGGAUAUCCGCAAGCUUCGGGCUGAUGCUGCUCAGCGGCGUAUCGAGGUUACCCAGGGCUGUGCAUCGGGCACAAAUAACGACCAACUUGCGGAAGAAGCCUCCCGAAAUGGCUUUAGAACUCAGGCCGAAGAGGACGACGCGAACGAGCGGGCCAUCAUGGAAGCAUUUAUCGAGCUGAUUCAGGAAGAAGAACGGGAGAAGUAUGAAUCGUCAUAUGUCCCGCCAAGUCAAGAACAUCCAGCGGGCCCAAGGACGGAAUCAUCACCACCACCUGUCCCAUCAGACAUUCCGCCAGCUACAUCUAAAUCUGUACCCGCAUCUCCAAAUCCAACAAAGCAAUCUGUGCCAGCCGAGUCUGUUAAUCUUACCGCCGAUAAUAGCUCAUAUGAUAAGCCAUGGAUCUGCCCAACGUGCACCCUGGAAAAUCAGUCUACUUUCUUAUGCUGCGAUGCCUGCGCAGGAGAGCGACCGCCUCCAACCAACACGAAACCUACACCAGCUUCCACAUCCAGACGUGUGUCCACUCAGCGAAAGCCAUCUGACACACAGAACCCAAAGAAACGGCCCUUAUCUAUCAAUCAAAAUGAAGAAAAGGACGUCAACGCCAGAAAUGCAUUUGCUUUCAAGAAUCGCACCCGUCCAGUGGAUAACAUCAAAGCCUUGGAGAGCGGAGCCGAGAAGAAGCCUCUUGGAUGGCUGUGCGAAUCUUGUGGUAGCUUCAUGGAAAGCCAGUGGUGGACAUGCUCUUGCUGUGGAACGAUGAAGCCAUCUUCCUGA